CAAGAGGGCCGUCACUAACUCGGACCAGUGCGCAGGCGCGGGAGAGUUGUUCUAAGAAAAGUUUUUGUAAGUUUAGUGAAGGAGGAGGGGGUGGCGGCUCCGACCCCAGGUGCCCCAUGGCAGGCUCGGAAGAGCUGGGCCUCCGGGAGGACACGGUGAGAGUCUUAGCUGCCUUCUUUAGGCGAGGUGAGCCUGCUGGGUCCCCCAUUCCAACCCCACCCAGGAGUCCUGCCCAGGAGGAGCCAGCAGAUUUCCUGAGCCGCCUUCGAAGAUCUCUUCCCUGCCCCCUGGGGCGAGGAGCAGUUCCCCCUGAAUCCCCUCGGCCUUGCUCCCUGCCCCUCCGCCCAUGCUAUGUUUCAGAGCCUGGCCCAGCUACUCCAGACUUCUAUGCUCUGGUGGCCCAGCGGCUGGAACAGCUGGUCCAAGAGCAACUGAGAUCCCCACCUAGCCCAGAGUUACAGGGAGCCCCACCCACAGAGAAGGAAGCCCUACUGCGGAAGCUGGUGGCCUUGCUGGAGGAAGAGGCAGAAGUCAUCAAUCAGAAGCUGGCCUCGGACCCCGCCCUGCGCAGAAAGCUGGCCCGCCUCUCCGCGGGCUCCUUCGCCCGCCUAGUGGAGCUCUUCUCCAGCCGGCAGGACAGACCUCUUGCCAGCCGCCCACGCCCCAACUUGCCCUGCCCUGGGCCCCCGCCGCCUUCCCCGGAGCCCCUGGCCCGUCUGGCCCUGGCCAUGGAGCUGAGCCGCCGCGUGGCCCGGCUGGGGGGCACCCUGGCCGGACUCAGUGUGGAGCACGUGCACAGCUUCGGGCCCUGGAUCCAGGCACACGGGGGCUGGGAGGGCAUCCUGGCCAUUUCACCCGUGGACUUGAACUUACCCCUGGACUGAGAUCUUCUUCAGAAGCUGCUACAAGAUUAGACCUCCUGUCUCUGUGCUCUUUGUGUGCUUUUCCAAGCCUUCCUAUUCCACUCAGGGUUGUGGG